GCUCGCCAGACAUGGCUGCUCAGUCGACGUCGUCGACGCUACCGAAGAACAUCAUGGCGGAGCGGGAACGGAGGAAGAAGUUCAACAAAACGCUCUACGAUCUCCGAAGCGUAGUCCCCAACAUCACAAAGAUGAACAAGACGUCGGUCAUCCUCGACGCGAUCAACUACAUCCAAGAGCUUCAAGAGCAAGAGAGGUCGCUGGUGGAAGAGAUAUCGGAGCUGGAGUCGCCGAAACAGAUAACUGCACCACCUCAUGGCAUAAAGGACGAAGACCUUCUCCAUGCACAGAUGCAAAGGAGGAGAGCAGCAUCGAUGUCACCAAUCGAAGCGAUGGAAGUUAGCGUGGCAGAGAUGGGCAAUGGCAUCUCGUUGGUUAGCAUCACUUGCAACAAGAAGUGGAAUGCCAUUGUUAUGGUGCUUGGGGUUAUCGAGUCUCUUGAUCUCAGGAUCUUCACAGCCAAUAUCACUUCUAGCUUCGGAAAAGUCUUCCUCUCUCUAGUGAUUCAGGCUGAUGGAAGACCGAGUGCUUAUUUGAAGGAAAGGAUCGAAGCCAAUUUCGUACGUCUCGAGGCCACAUCUCGAGGCCACAAGAAACCCUUCAUUCGGUAAAGAUCUUCUCAUGAUGAAACAUUGAUGGGUUCAACUAUGAUACUAUGUUUGGGCAUAUCAUCAUGCAGCCAUCCAUCCAUCGGUCAACCCUGUGUUAUCCAAAGUAUGAAGUGGAUAACAAGAAGCAUCAUUUACAUUUAGGAGAUGUGUGAUAGUUAGUUCUUGGCCUUGUUAUUGAGGUGUUUGGAAGAAUAAGAUAAAAAUAUGUGCUGCUCACUCUGUUUACCACAAUGUCAGGAAAAAGAUACAGGAAAAACUUUCAUCGAAGAGAUAUUAAAUGAUCAAUAUAGGAUAAAAGCAUACCAAAAGCUUUGUGGAAUCAGAGGUUUGCCAUGACCAGUAAAUGACCAGUAAAUGUUGGAUGUCAACCAUCAGAUUUACUGGAAUGAUGGUGCUCAGAUUCAAAGUGGAGUGUUCAAAAGAUAAGUGAUAAAAACCUACUCUGUGAACUAUGAAGAAGCUUGCCAAUUUAAACCAAAACCACCAGUCAUGUCUAAUUUACUCACAACAGCACCAGAAUAUAACAUAAUACCAAUGACAAUAUUUUUCUGCCAAAUACCAUUGAAGAACAUAAAUUUCUGUAAUCAAGCCAUUCUUCAGGCCAUGAAACAAAUUCUGGGGUCGACAUAUUUGAUCAGCUCUCAUUUGAACACUGACUGAGAAGUCUCCUCGCAUCUCAGCACAAUUCCAUCUAGGCUUGCUGGAGUAUGCGCCUUGCCCAAUGGCAUUUAGUAGAAGAAGGUCAGAAGGUGGAACUAUCAUAAGAACAGCUUCAUUCCUUUGACAGAAACUUGUUCUGCCCUCUUUGAUAUAGCUCCAGGAGAAAACAUCUUAAUAAACAGAAACUUGUGGGUAAUUUGUUUAUGAUGAUGUAGUUCUCAGUCCUUGCACAAAAAUGAACAGCACAACUGCAUCCAGUGACAUUUUUUUGUCUGACGAAAAAGGACCCAUGAUAUUUUCAUUCUACAUUUCAUUCUGUUGCAGAAGAAGGUACAGGCUGACUGCCACUUAAUGUGUCUCACAAAGAAACAUAGACUCGGUUUAGCCUUCUUUCAAUCAGCAUCAUGUGAUCUUAACCGGAAAGGUUGAAAUUCCGCAGACAAGUCCCUGUUUAGAUUGAUAUCCAGCUUUUAUCUCUCAACCCAGAUUGGAAAUCUGAGAUACAAGAGUCCACCACAUGCCUCUGCA